AUGGCCACUCUCAAUCUGGAAGACGACGAGCUCAAGGCUCUUGAACAGACGUUGAGCAAGAUAGCGCAACUAUCUAGUAGCAUACAGAGCUUGAGACAGGAUCUCCUCAAGAGCAAUCUUCUACCACCGCCAAAAUCAAUCCAAGCAUCCGCAAAAAUUCUACAAAAGAACCUUAGAUCGCUUCUUGAAAGCACAACCGAAAAUGCAGACCUCUUCAACCGCAUGGCCAUCCAUCCCUCGACCAACUAUCCCGGCCGCGUCCAAGAAAACGUCCUCCUUCAGCUUCUCCGUAAAAAGCUCGAGCCCGAUGUCGAAGAGCUCGUCAGCCAAGGUCUCGAAACCGCCCGUCUCGCCACGCCAGCUGGUCUGGAAUCGCUAGAAAACAUAUGGAAGGAGCUGCGAUCCUGGCUUACGGAUCGCGUGGGUCACUUCGCUGCCAAUGAGAACAACGAUCCUUACACGGCAGAGGAGCGCGUGAACGGAACCGAGAACGUGCGCACGGGUCUACGGAAGGGCAUCGAGGACGGUGACGACGACGACGACGACGAAGACGAGGAGGAGGAGGACGAAGAUGAGGAAGAGCAGGAACCCGCCGCGGCACCAGCGCAAGUGAGAGGACCGGAACCAGAGACAUUGCUUUGGUUUGCGGCAAGAGGAGACUUUGAGGUCCCGCGUAAUGUCGAGUACGAGCGCAAGGAGGAACCAUACAAGGGAAUCUAUGUCUACAAAGGUCUUCAGGGCGUUGGUGUACCGCCUACUGCCCAGGUGGCGCCACCGCAGGCGCAGCAGGACUUUGUUCCCUCAUAG